AUGAUUGUUUUACAAUCCGUUCCUAACGAUAUUCACAACGGUUUCAACACAAACAACAGGAGCCUCGAAAUCAAUAACGCUACGAUUGCGAAUUACUCUGCAAUCACACCACAAACUAUUCCCGCCUCAAUGUAUCAAACAAAUAAUACUCGAUAUCAUCAACAACAAACGCAUAUUCCCCAUCAUCAACAACUCCCGUCACAAUCUUACGUAUAUCCAACUACACAGGUAGCCGAAGUUAAUAAUCAACAGUACGCUGCCGCAGUUGCAGCUCAUUCGCGAUCUUCCUCGACUUCUUCCCUGAUUUCUACACUUCAAAAUCCAUCAUCUGUCGCAAAUGCGCUAUCAUUAAAUAUGAAUUCAACUCAAUCAGUACCUGCGGGUUUUUACCAAUCAAUGCAAUAUGAUGCUAGUUAUGCAGCUGCAGCGCAAGUAAUCUCGCAACAACAGCAGCAGCAAGUGGCCUUAAAUCAGCAGCAAUCACAGCUUGUUUCAGUAGUUGAUCCGUGUACAUUACCUCCAAUUGUGCAAUCUACAACCGGAUCAAACGAAAUUCAGCCAUUGAUUGAUGCUGCUUCUGGUGACUCAUCACUUAUUAAUCAAAAUGGAGGAACCUCAAAUAACCCCACAACAACCACGCUCACCUAUCAUUCACAGGCUGCUGCUUCACAAGCCGCAUUGAUUAAUGGUCAUUUCUUGAACCCUGCUAAUUCAAUAUUGCCACAGCAACAACAGCAGUCACCUCAUCAACGAGGAAUAAUCAAUCGUCGACGAUCGGAUGAAUCGAGUGAAUCUACGAAGUUAUCUCCUACCAUGGAUCGUCCUCAGAAAGUGUACUCCUUCGUGUCUUUAGCAGGAAUUAACACAAAGAAAAGACCUCGAAGAAGAUACGAUGAAAUUGAACGUCAUUACGCGUGUAACUAUGAAGGAUGUACGAAAGCUUAUGGUACUCUUAAUCACCUGAAUGCACAUGUUCAAAUGCAGAGACAUGGUCCUAAGCGUCAUCCAUCUGAAUUCAAGGAACUACGAAAACAAUGGCGUCGGCAGAAACGCGAAGAGGAAGAAAGAAAAGCUGCAGAAGCCGUUGCAGCUAAUGCCGCAAAGACAGCACCAUUAUCCGCCGGACAUCUUAUGAAUACCAACUUAUCGUCGAUCUAA